AGACAUCAGGAUCAAUAGAACAGACUAGAAGAUGCAGACACAACUGCAAACACAGGCAGGUGUCUUAUCAUUCACAACGGAGCCAGACACCUUCAUUGGAAGAAAACAUAGACUCUUUAAUAAAUGGUGCUGGAAAACUGGCUUUCCACACACUGAACCUUAAAGUUACAUCCAUAUCUUUCAUCAUACACUAAACAAAAAUUGAAAUGGAGCAAAGAUCUAAAUAUUAAAACAGAAACACCAAAUCUGCUGAAACACAGAAUAGGUAGAACACUGGAAGACAUUGGUAUAGGCAAAUACUUCAGGAAGAAAACCCAACUGCACAGAACUAUCACAGAGAAUCAACAACUAGGAGCUCAUUAAAAUCUUGUGCAGUAUCAGGAUUUAGCUCAGUGGCGUAAGUGCCUGCCUGGCAAGCAUGAGGUCAUGAGUUCCAACCCCAGUACAAAAAAAAAAAAAAAAAAAAAAAAAAAAAACUUCUCUAUGGAAAACACCCCAACAGAUGAAGAUUAACCAACAGUGUGGGGAUAAAUUUUUGCCAGUGUUGCUCAAAGGUCUAAUAUUUAGAAUAUAUAAAUAACUCAAAAAAACAAAACAACCACAACAAAAAACCACUUUUAAAGACCCAAUACAAAAAUGGGCAUCUGAGACGAAUACAUACUUCUCACUUGAAGAAGUAGAAGUGGCAAAAAUAAAUAUAUGAAGAAAUCUUCAACAUUGUUGGGAGCACAAACUCACAGUGGCUGGUUUUGCAUAUGACCCUAAGGGAUGAAUGGAGGUUUGGAAUUUUUGGUAUCAUCCUUAUUUUUUGGUCUUUUUUUGAGACGGGGUCUUACUAUGCAGUUCAGGCUGGCCUUGAGCUCACUUUGUAGCCCAGGCUGGUCUGGAACUCUCAACAAUCCUCCUGCCUCAGCCUCCUGAGUGCUGGGAUUAUAGGCGUGAGCCACUACGCCUGACUGGGUAUCAUCCUUUUGAAAUUUCCCAUUAUCCCAUUAGGGAUGUGCCUUCCUCUCCCACCAGCUAAGACCAAGACCAAGACUGCUAAGACUAAAGAUGCUCCAAGGCAAGAUCCUUCUCAGAAUAAGACCACCACUGUGGGGGUUGAGGUGUCACUUUGUAGGCCCAACCCUCUCUAACCUGCAAUUUACAAUAGCCGCCCUGGUAUGCGAGAAGGAGGUAGAACGGGAAUGCCCGUUCUCAGUGAGCCCUCACCCUCUGGAAUCCAUACUGUGAGCUGGCUUUGUUUUGCAGAAGUCUUGAGGAAGUGGCUGGCCACCCUUUGUGACACUAACAGCAGACAAAUUAACAACAUUCUUGAGCUAAUGAAUUUCUUCCUGGGCUAGAAAAGUUGUGAGAACUGGUUGUGAUUAUUUACUUCACUUAGAUAGUUUUAGAAUAAACAUUGUAGUCUGUCACGUUGUAGCUUGCCACAAAGAAUGCCUUUUCACUACUUAAUUAUCUGGGCUCUGUAAAUUGAUCGGGUUUACUAUAUAUGAAUCCUAAAAUAAAGAUUGUGCGUACAGUGCAGUGCAGUGCAGUGUAACGCGGUGCAGACAGCAAAGGUGUCUCUCCUGUCUUUCUUUUCCAAGCGCUGUACCCCCCGUGUCCCGACAAGGCGUGCGUGUUUACCUUGCCCAGAGUUCAGAGUGCUCUAGACACUCACGACAAGUGGCGCCCGAACAGGGACUCCGAAGGUCGCUUAGGAAGGUUUUGGUUAUAUCUCCACAGAAAAUGGAAUUCAGCAGUGGGUCCCUGGACGAUGGAUCAGGACCCGCGUCUCCAGAUCCUGUUCACCAGCCCCGGAGACAACUCCCCAAGGAACCGGAACCGUGCCUUCAGAAGCGAGCGCGAAACCAGCUAGAAGCUGAGGAUGCUGAGUUUGUUCCUAUCGCAGCCAUGGCCAGAUUACAGCUAAGAAAAUCCCGCCGCUCACAGCGACCAAAUUUAAAUCCCCUCCCUACAUGGGGACAAUUAAAGAAAUUGACCAUAGAAGGGCAACGGCUUGUCCUUCAAGCAGGAAAGCCUUUAAACCCUAAAAACUUGUUUUUAGCUUUAUGUGCCUUGCUCACCGUUACAUCGGGGACUGAGGUACCUCCGCAUUCGUACUGGGCAUAUAUUCCAAACCCCCCUUUAUUAGAACCUGUAAAAUGGGGAACUAGUGAUAUUUUACUUUAUACCACACCUAGAGAAAUUUUGUCAGCACCGUGGGCUGAUUUAACCCCCCACAAUCAAGAUGAUGGGACACUAUUCAAUUUUACUUAUUAUGGUAAUCAAAGGCCUAUUUGCAUUGGGGAACCGCCUUGCAUCCCUCUGGGAUGGCAGUAUUGGAUUCAACAUAGAAUAAAAGCAGGCAACAAAAAGACAAGGCUUCAAGCCUUGGCUGCUCAAACCUUUAAUGUUACCUGGAAAAAUUUAACAGCACCUGAUACAAAUACAUUUCCUGUAUGCCCUGAAUUUACUUAUAAAAAUAUUUCUUAUAAUCCCAUAAUUUGGCAACUAUGUAUGGGAAAAUUUGCUAAAAAUAUUGAUGGGUAUAUUAUUUGGGGACCAUUUGGAAAAUUCGUUAAUAGAUGUGCUAAAUGGAAUGAGACAAGAUGUAAUCUCUCUGUUGUGUAUAGUCUUCCAGAUCCAAAGAAAAUAACUGACGGAGCUCCUAUAUUUCAACAAAAGACGGCUCUCUUGUGGUGGGGAGAUGGUGGAAUCGCUAACCCUGCUGUUGCAGCCGAAGAAUACCCUCAUCACCUUCAAAAUCAUAUUUGGAAGAUCCCAGCCGCUAUGCAACCUGUAACCUUGUACAAUGUUUCAUAUUCAGGGACUAGUCGAUCUGUAUCUACUACUUAUAAUUUUACUAGGUUUAAAAUAUAUAAUAUUACUGUUUGUGCACCUCUGCCUUAUGUCUUUUUAGUGGGAACUUUUAAUUUUACACAUUUUUCUUGUACUUGUUUAAAUUGUCAAUUGUUUACAUGCUUAAAUAACACACUAAAUUUCACUAAGCCUUAUACAGUUAUGCUGUUACAACAAAAAACUCAUAUUUGGUUGCCUGUAAAUUUAACUCGACCUUGGUCUCAAGACCCGGUAAUUUCUGUUACUACUAAAUUUUUUAAACAUCUGUUAAAACGUACAAAAAGAUUUAUUGGAAUAGUGGUUGCUAUACUGUUAAGUCUAAUAACUGUAGCCUCUCUAGCAGCAGUCUCAGGAGUAGCUUUACAAACCUCUUUACAAAAAAAACAUGUUGUCGAAUUAUGGCAUGAGAAUUCUCAUAAACUUUGGUUAACUCAGUGGCAGAUAAACGCCAGACUACAACAACAAAUAGACCUCCUUAAACAAACAGUUAAAUAGAUGGGUAAAAAAAUAUUGGCUCUUCAGCAUCAAGUGUUUUUAAAAUGUGAUUGGAAUUCAACUACUUUCUGUAUAACCCAACGACCUUAUAAUCAGACAAAACAUAAAUGGAAAAUGAUUAGAAUGUAUUUAAAUGAAAACACCUCUGCCCAGGAGGAAAUAGAAUCUUUGCAUAAUCAAAUUGACAAGGAUUUUGCAAAGCAAAAUGAUGAUAAAUCUCUAGCACAAUUCGCGCAAUUGCUUGCUCAAUCUUUAAAAGGAUUAGAUUCCAAAGGAAUCUGGCAGAGCAUUACCCACACUUUUAGUGGCAUGGGACUUAGUUUAAUUAUAGUUCUCAUUGCCAUAGUUCUUAUAUAUUUUUACUGCAUAAGACAAAAUGCUAUUAAUAACCUGAUCUUAUGGAAAUUGUUGUUAAAAAAUAAAAAGGAAGGAAGUGUGGGGGUUGAGGUGUCACUUUGUAGGCCCAACCCCCUCUAACCUGCAAUUUACAAUAGCCGCCCUGGUAUGCGAGAAGGAGGUAGAACGGGAAUGCCCGUUCUCAGUGAGCCCUCACCCUCUGGAAUCCAUACUGUGAGCUGGCUUUGUUUUGCAGAAGUCUUGAGGAAGUGGCUGGCCACCCUUUGUGACACUAACAGCAGACAAAUUAACAACAUUCUUGAGCUAAUGAAUUUCUUCCUGGGCUAGAAAAGUUGUGAGAACUGGUUGUGAUUAUUUACUUCACUUAGAUAGUUUUAGAAUAAACAUUGUAGUCUGUCACGUUGUAGCUUGCCACAAAGAAUGCCUUUUCACUACUUAAUUAUCUGGGCUCUGUAAAUUGAUCGGGUUUACUAUAUAUGAAUCCUAAAAUAAAGAUUGUGCGUACAGUGCAGUGCAGUGCAGUGUAACGCGGUGCAGACAGCAAA